AUGCAUGCUCUCUGCACGCUCUUCGUUUUUUGCGUUCUGACAAGUUUCGGGGGGAAAGGUAAGAUCACUAAACCUGCUCAUUAUUAUGAUGCUCAGUAAAGUUGUUUUAUUUUCUCUUUGUAUUUCUUUUUCCUUUUUUAGCCCUGGGGAGUGAAAUCAUAAACGGCAAAAAGACCCAGAAGAGGUCGAUGAAGUACAUGGCCUCUGUGCAGAACAACCUGCAACAUAUCUGUGGAGGUUUCCUGAUCAGCGAAGAGUUUGUGCUCACUGCGGCACACUGUGCUGAGAGGUGAGUUGCCAUUACCCGAAGCCAUAUUUGAUUGACCUAGAUUUGUGAUGUUCUGCCUCUGACUCAAUAUUUCAUUUUAACGUAGGAAUCCUUCAAGAGUUGUUCUGGGCACUCACAAUCUCAAGAAAAUGAAUGACACAAUGAAGUAUGAAGUGAAGAAAAUGUGCAAACACCCAUCUUAUGUGAAUGUUUCAUCUGGGAAAGACAUCAUGCUCCUCAAGGUAAGCAGAUAUUUGUUCAAGUUCAUCUUCUGUUUUGUCUCUUAAUGUCAAAUUAAAGCAUUUAGAGAAAGUUUAAACCUAAUAAAGUCCUUGGUCCUUGAAUCCAUACUCUGUACAGACUCAUUCUCAUCCUGUCUAUGGGUGUGUUCAAGUAUCUGUAUAGCACACUCAAAAAUGGCUGCCACUUUGCUGAGAAUAAAAACAGCUUUAUUUUAUUGUGUCCUGUUAUUCCUAUUGUUUAGGACACACUGUGUGUUGAACACUGGUAUUGCACGUAUUGUCCACAUAUCUUUGUGUAGAUAAUCUCCAUCUGCCGCUGCCCGACAACAAGGCAUCUCAGUCUUUUGUCUUCUCAUAGGACCAAGUUUGAGUGCAAAUAAAUAUGUUUUUAUACUUUUUGUGGGGCAGUGUAUGCCAACCUUAGGAAAAAACAUACCUUUUAUUGAUUAGUAGCUAAACACUUGAUAUUUUGGUGACAUGCUGGGCCUGGAGACGUUACCUCCACUCAGAACCAACACACUCCACCAGCAUCAAAUACUGCACAACUAGACACAACACUCUGUUCACAGUUUCACAACAGUUUGUUUAACCUAAAGUUAUUUGGAAAAAAAAGGCAACCUUACAAAAAAUGUUUGGUCAGUCUAUAACCUUUCUUUUCUUAUUUUAUUUCCACAGCUGUCAAAGAAAGCUCGCGUGGGUAAAAGAAAAAUUAGUCUAAUAAAACUCCCAAACAAAAAGAUGAACCUCAAAGACAACAAAAAAUGCCUUGUAGCUGGAUGGGGUCUCACAGAGACCAAUGGUCAGAUGGUGGAUGAUCUGCGAGUGGUGGAAGUUCCUAUCAUUAACUUGGAGAAGUGUCAGAAACUGUGGCGAAAACUUCCUGGCCACGUUAUCUGUGCAGGUGGAUAUGGCACCAAGAAUGGAAUCUGUCAGGUGGUUUUUCCGUCUAUUAAAUAAUGUGAAAUGUGAAAACAGUGUUUUAAAAGCCUUUUUCUGUAACAAAAAUAAAUCUCUUUCUUCCUCUCAGGGUGACUCUGGUGGGCCUUUGGUGUGUGACAAGAAAGCAGUUGGUGUUGUUUCCUACAACAGAGGCUAUCACUGUGACUACCCAGAUAUCCCCAACAUCUAUACCGACAUAUUCACAUACCUCCCCUGGGUGAAAAAGAUUCUCAAGGAAAACGACUGCUGAAUGAAACAACGAUUUAACCAUGGUGGAUACACUAUGGGCCUUUGCAGUGUUCGUCUGUAUUGUGGAAAAAACAUUUGAAAACUUUAAUUCAUCUCAACCUUUUUUUUUUUUCACCAUAAACCAAUAAAAAAGUGUCAUGAAAAAAUAAAAUCUUGUAUAUAAAAUCUGUCAUUGUGAGAGGCCGAGAGUGUGUGAACCCAAAAGCAGAGGACGUGAGGCAAUAGUUCAGUUUCCAAAGGGCAAACUCUUUUAUUCCAAUCACAGGAAACCCGGCAGGGUCAAAAUCAGAGCAGCAAAUAAUCAGGCGACAAAAACCAGUGGGACAGGCCAGAAUCAAAAAUCCAAGACGAUCAAAACAGGUCAUACACGGGGAGCAGAGAUAUAUCAAAGAACGCGAGAGAGCUUGUGCUAAAGAGACAAAGACAAUCUGGCAGGGAAGAGCUAGUGAGGAGGGGUUAAAUAGGGAAGGGAACAAAACACAGGUGAAGCCAAUGGGGUAAUUAACUAAGGCGGGAAAAGGAACAAAGACCGGAAGAUCUUCAAAAUAAAACAGGAAGUGGAUUUCACAGCACAGAUCAUGACAGUCAUGGCUUCAACCAAAAUGUCUGAUCUCUUUUUUCUUCAUCAUUUUGCCAAAGGUAUAACCAUAGACUGUAUAUAGAAUGGACAGCGUCUUCCUCCUCGCUGGGUGAAGCCACUCUGAGAACAGCACCCACUGGUGACGGGUUUCAGUAUAGGUCAUAAAUCUCAUUCCUGCCACCCCUCCUUAUAGGGCUGUGGACAAACUUUAGAUAUUCAUUACACACACUCUAAAAACCCAACGUGGGUUGCUUUUAACCCAACACCAGGGUUGAAAAGGGACUGACUACUUAUUGGGUUAUUUUGACCCAGAAUGUUGGGUUAUUAAAAAUAACCCACAUUUUGGGUUGAUUCAGUAACCCUUUUUAAGGGUCAAGUUCACCAAUCUUCGAGUUAAUUUGACUCACGGGUUAAAUUUAUACAUGCAUUUGGGGUGCCUUUUUUGGGAGCUAUGCUUUUACAGCCUGUAUCCUAUUUUCAAAUGUACUUCUAUCUAACUGAUUGUUGGGAAUCAGUUAGAUAAAAGUACAUGGGUAAAUAGGUUACAUGUUGUACCGUAGCCUUUUCACUGUACUGACUGUGGGUGUCGAAGGAACCAUACAUCUGUUCAUGUGAACCAGCUGGUAAGGGUUAUUGGAGUAGUAACAUCCCAACAAUCUGUUGGAGUCAGGGACCCUCAGCCCGCUGCCUAACCCCCAAACCCCCAAAAACAACUACUGAGAGAUACUUCACCAUACAUUUGUACUAGGCUGAAAAACUUACUGCUGAACUUAGAGAAACUGUGAUGGAGAGUGAUAAGAUGGCUCAAUUUGUGACCUAACAUGCCAGUGAACUGAUGGAGGAGCAGCACCCUCUGCUGGUGAAAAAGCAGAGAAGGUUUAAUGUUUUGCUGUUGACUCUGGCACACUCUGCUGGAUUUUAUGUAGUACUGAGCAGAGUACUAGUAAUGUAUGAUGUAAAAAUGUGAACAUUAAAUACUGAUAUAUAGAGACUUUGACGGUGCUGCAGACUCUGGAUAGACUUGACCUUUCAGUUGAAUAUGUAAUAAAGUCAAAUUCUCCUCAAAAACAAGCGUCAAAGUUCCUGGGAGGAGGUUUUAACUAGUUAUGAUGGAUUGAAAUGAGAAGUGAUGUCCCGAUAUGACCUUUCAAAGCAAGCAUCAUCAGCAGAAACAAUAGUUUCUGUAUUGUUCAGUUUUCACACCUGUAGCUGCUGCAAAAGAAUAGGUGUCACAAAAGGCAGGUCAAAGCAGGUUAAAGAAAACCCACUUUUUUCCACAGGAAAUAUCACAGUGGGUGGUCGAUGCAAGUAAUAAAGAAGGCGAGGUAAGAUUUUUUUUUAUUAAAAAAAAAUAAACACUAUUAAUCCUCAUGGUGAGAUAAACUGAGUUAUUAGAGGUGUUACUUGCCCAAAUAGGGCGACAAAAAUCGACACAAACAGGAAGUUCUUCACAAGGGCUGUGACGACUUUUAUGUUGAUUUUGGUGAUCCCUGUUACAAGUCAUGUGUGCUUUAAUCUCCUUAUAAAGGUCCAAAUAGCAAAACAUGUGCAGAUUGUUUUCCUUCAAAGAGCAUUAACACCUCUUCAUCAACAUUAAAGCCUGUUCACAGCCACUUUGCUGUUUUACCUAGCAAUGCUCUGGUAGAAGAGUCAGUCGAAAACAGUACCUGAACAGAAGACACGUCUUUUUUUGUCCAUCCUGCUCAAUUAUCAGCCAUGAGUUAUCAAAAGGAUGUGAUCUAAAAGACUAACCUCCUCUGCCUGAUAACUCUGCAAACUUUACUUUUUACAUGCUGAGUUUCAAUCAUCAUCACUUCUGGGCAAGUGGUGAUGACUAGCACAGUCUUACUCAUCGAAAAUGUGACUUCAGACGUGUCCUGCUGCACAUGAGGAAUGUAUCAUACCAUCACACUUUCAUACACUGUUCACUGCACCUUGAUUAGAGAUUCAGGGUUAAUUUUUAUGCUCACAAACAGUUUGGAGUGUGGACUAGUAGUGGGUCAUUUAACUGUGAGAUGUCAGAUUCUACCUCAGAGCCCCAAAUACACGGUUUACUUGUUCCUUCAGGGGACAGAACCGGUGUACUACCAGGGGGCCUAAUGAUCUUUAGAAAAACGUACUGCUCAAAUGCAGACUUGUAGCAAAUGAUGGGAUGCAAGCUUUAGAGGAAUUCAUCUGAGGCCUUUGAUGAUGGUAAAUAUUCAGCAUAUCAGAUGAGGGAUCAACAAAAUUAUGCUUUUCCUUUGAUUGCACUCCAACGGUGUUAACUCAGACUCAAGCUUCAGUCUAUGUAUUGUAUAAAUGUGUAGCGUGACCCUGUUUUAACACUUUGGCUUUCUGUUACAGUUGUCAAACUGAAGCUGCACAACGCUGUGAAUCAGAUCCACAAACCAGUUUUGGUUUUGAUCUUUUCUUAACCUCCUCAUCAAACUCACUGAACUGUAUCAAAACUGUGAGUGGAGGGAGUCUAAAUUUACAAUCAAAAGAGGGAAAACUGCAUUGAAAUAUCAGAGUUUAAAACAUAAGGAGUACAUUUAUUGUUACGAUGGUGACACCUUGUGUUGUCUUUGCAUGAGCAAAGACAGGAUGUAACUGAAGUCAAGCUAACAAAGGUGAUAACCACAGGGGCUCAUCCUGAAUAAAACUACCAUAUCAAGGGGUCUGAACCAACUUUGAGAUGACAGUUGAAGUGCUGUUGCCACCAUGCAUGCUCUCUGCAAGCUCUUCGUUUUUGGCAUUCUGACAAGUUUUGGGUGUAAAGGUAAGAUCACUAAACCUGCUCAUUAUUAUGACGCUCAGAAAAGUUGUUUUAUUUUCUCUUUGUAUUUCUUUUUUCUUUUUUAGCCAUGGGGAGUGAAAUCAUCAACGGCAAAAAGACCCAGGAGAGGUCGAUGAAGUACAUGGCCUCCGUGCAGAACAACCUGGGUCAUAUCUGUGGAGGUUUCCUGAUCAGCGAAGAGUUUGUGCUCACUGCGGCACACUGUGCUGAGAGGUGAGUUGCCAUUACCCAAAGCCAUAUUUGAUUGACCUAGAUUUGUGAUGUUCUGCCUCUGCCUCAAUAUUUCAUUUUAACGUAGGAAUCCUUCAAGAGUUGUUCUGGGCACUCAGAAUCUCAAGAAAAUCAAUGACACAAUGAAGUAUGAAGUGAAGAAAAUGUGCAAACACCCAUCUUAUGUGAAUGUUGCAUCUGGGAAUGACAUCAUGCUCCUCAAGGUAAGCAGAUAUUUGUUCAAGUUCAUCUUCUGUUUUGUCUCUUGAUGUCAAAUUAAAGCAUUUAGAGAAAGUUUAAACCUAAUAAAGUCCUUGGUCCUUGAAUCCAUACUCUGCACAGACUCAUUCUCAUCCUGUCUAUGGGUGUGUUCAAGUAUCUGUAUAGCACACUCAAAAAUGGCUGCACCAAUGCUGAGAAUAAAAACAGCUUUUUUAUUGUGUCCUGUUAUUCCUGUUGUUUAGGACACACUUGCUGACACACUUCCUGAACACUUGAUAUUUUGGUGACAUGCUGAGCCUGGAGACUUUACCUCCACUCAGAACCAACACACUCCACCAGCAUCAAAUACUACACAACUAGACACAACACGACACAAAACUCUGUUCAAAAACAUUACAAAAAAUGUUUGGUCAGUCUAUAACCUUUGUUUUCAUAUUUUAUUUCCACAGCUGUCAAAGAAAGCUCGCCUGGGUAAAAGAAAAAUUAGUCCAAUAAAACUCCCAAACAAAAAGAUGAACCUCAAAGACAACAAAAAAUGCCUGGUAGCUGGAUGGGGUUUCACAAAGACCGGUGGUCAGAUGGUGGAUGAUCUGCGAGUGGUGGAAGUUCCUAUCAUUAACUUGGAGAAGUGUCAGAAACUGUGGCAAAAGCUUCCUGGCCAUGUCAUCUGUGCAGGUGGAUAUGGCACCAAGAAUGGAUUCUGUCAGGUGGUUUUUCCGUCUAUUAAAUCAUGUGAAAUUUGAGAACAGUGUUUUAAAAGCCAUUUACUGUAACAAAAAUGAAACUCUGUCUUCCUCUCAGGGUGACUCUGGUGGGCCUUUGGUGUGUGACAAGAAAGCAGUUGGUGUUGUUUCCUACAACAGAGGCUAUCACUGUGACUACCCAGAUAUCCCCAACAUCUAUACCGACAUAUUCACAUACCUCCCCUGGGUGAAAAAGAUUCUCAAGAAAAAGGGCUGCUGAAUGAAACUAUGGUGGAUACACUACGGGCCUUUGCAGUGUUCGUCUGUAUUGUGGAAAAAACAUUUGAAAACUUUAAUUCAUCUCAACCUUUUUUUUUUCAUCAUAAACCAAUAAAAAAGUGUCAUGAAAAAUAAAAUCUUGUAAAUAAAAUCUGUCAUGACUUCAACCAAAAUGUCUGAUCUCUUUUUUCUUCAUCAUUUUGCCAAAGGUGUAACCAUAGACUGUAUAUAGAGUGGACAGCGUCUGCCUCCUCGCUGGAUGAAGCCACCCUGAGAACAGCACCCACUGGUGACGGGCUUUGGUAUAGGUCAAAAAUCCCAUUCCUGCCAGCCCUCCUUAUAGGGCUGUGGACAAACUUUAGAUAUUCAUUACACACACUCUAAAAAUCCAACGUGGGUUGUUUUUAACCCAACACCAGGGUUGAAAAGGGACUGACUACUUACUGGGUUAUUUUGACCCAGAAUGUUGGGUUAUUAAAAAUAACCCAAAUUUUGGGUUGAUUCAAUAACCCUUUUUAAGGGUCAAGUUAACCAAUCUUCAAGUUAAUUUGACUCACAGGUUAAAUUGAUACAUGCAUUUGGGGAGCCUUUUUUGGGAACUAUGCUUUUACAGCCUGUAUCCUAUUUUCAAAUGUACUUUUAUCUAACUGAUUGUUGGGAAUCAGUUAGAUAAAAGUACAUGGGUAGAUAGGGUAAAGGUUGUACCCUAGCCUUUUCACUGUACUGACUGUGGGUGUUGAAGCAACCAUAUAUCUGUUCAUGUGAACCAGCUGGUUAGGGUUAUUGGAGUAGUAACAUCCCAACAGAACCUUGUUCUCAUUUCGUGUCCAUUGCCUUCUUUUUGUUGUUAAAGUAGCCCAUUUCCUGGGCAACAUCUGAACCAGGGUGACUUUUGAUGGUAACACACUCAACUUUAUGAGGUAGGCCAUAGUGCCAGGGGUCUUGAAGUAGAUUUACUUCACUCCUUACAAAUGUGUCUUAUGCAGGGUUGGAACCCCAACCCCCCAGUUGGGAACUGGAUGCUCUAUCCGCUAAACUACCACAGCCGCCUAUUAUGUAUUGGGGUAGCUGGGGGUAGCUACCCCAAUAUAUAUCGGGCAGCUAUAUAUAUAUAUAUAUAUAUAUAUUUAAAGUAAAGGUCAAAGUUCACAAGGUCACUUCAAUUGUUAUUAGGCCUAGAAACCACAUAGAGUCAAUCGAACCCAAUUAUUGGGUUACUCUCAGAAAAAUUAUUAUUAAGAAUGGGUUUCAUUAAAAUUAUUAUUCUAUUCUUGUAACCCUCAAAUUGGGUAACAAUAGAAUCAAUAUGACCCAAGAACCUAGAAAUUUAACUCAACACGUAUAACCAGGGAAUUGGAUUGAAGAAAUAACCCAAGAGUUUUUAGAGUGUAGUAUCUAUAGUUUGGCAUAAAGCAAAACAAAGUGAGCACAAGUCUAAAAGGUGGUUUGACAACAAUGCAUAUUUAGAUUGCUAUCUGUUAGAUGAGGAUAAAAAGAGAAGAGGAGAUAUCACUUUCCUCUAUGUGACUGUGGGAACAUAACAGCUCUUAUUUUCAGCUGCAAAACGUGGUCUCUGUGGUUCAACAAGAUUUUCUCACACUCUGAAAAGAUGUUGUGAUGGGUUGUGGGUUGUGACAAGUACAUCUGUUGCGUGUGCUUUGCACUUUAAUCAAGUAAAUUUCAUUUGAUUUGUUAUGAAGAACAUAAGAGGAAUGCAGCUUUGUUGUAUCAAAUACGAAAAACUGUUGUAUCAAUAUAACAUAUGUAUGUGGACAGAUAUGAGGAAAGAGUUGUGGAUGAAUUAGCAUAAAAUCAUGACGUAACUGGGAAUUGAACGUGAAACAGCUAAUGCGACAAGAACUGCAGUCUCUGUGCUUGUGGUGUCUGCUUCAUCAACUGUGCAAAACUGACAUGAUGGUUUUCUUCAUCCAGAAGUGACCAUACUUGGAGGGAAAGGUUGUGGUUAAGACGAACAAGGGUUUCAGUAAAGACAAGUUAUAAAAAUUAAAAACUAGAAAAGCACUCGGAGAGCGCAGACCUCCGCCAAGCAGCUUAUGUCCCCCAUUGUAUUGUGAUUCACACCAAAACUUUUAGUGUUACGUGUCUUUUAUUAACUUCUAUUUGUGUUUAAACUGAUAUCUUCACUGUUUAUAAUGUUCCUAAAACAAGAAAUGCCCUGACCCGGAUUCAAACCCAGGACCUUCUUGCUGUGAGGCGACAGUGCUAACAACUACACCACUGUGCCACCCAUCUACACCACUGUGCCGCCCAUUGUUUAUCUUUCAGCAUUGAAAAUUCCAACGACACCCUUAUUUUUGUGUGUUCUGGAUCACAGUAUCCGGAGUUUUGUCUGGAUCAGGAUCAACCUUUGACACCUCAUAAAACUCAUUGAGAUCCUUUUGUGUAAGUUUUUUUUACUAAAGACUCUGGCCAUUUUUAUAGAGUUAAAUGCAAAAAUUCCAAAAUUUGCACUAUCUCACAAUGAUAAAGAAUCCUUCAAAAAAUUCCUGGAUCCAGAAGGCGAUCCGGAUCACCACGAACAUUUAAUGGGAUCUUCCUGGGGCUGAGACGCACCUCUGGUGAAAAUUUCCGUUCAAACCAUCUGUAACUUUCUCAGUAAAGUUGUUCACAGACAAACAAACAAACAAACAAACAAACCAAGAAACCAACGCUACCGAAAACAUAACCUCCUUGGCGGAGGUAAUGAGUUUUGACUUCUGGUUUACCCACAUAUUGGAGCCUCCCGUGGACAAGAUGGUACCAGGUGAUGUCUUUGCUGAUAUUGUUCUACAUCUCUUCCUGCCAUCAGAUCUCUUUUUUCACCUUCUUUUUAUCUUUGCAGAAUUAAAACUACAUACUAGUGUGAUUCAAUUUUGGUCUGAAUUGCCUCUUUCUCAAUUCCUAAGCAAAUGUGUGGGGCAUGGGUAGCUUACAUGUCAUUGACAGCAGCAUCAAUGCUGAACAAUAUGUACAGGUUUUGGAGCAGAAUAUGCUGCCAGUUUUAGGGAUGACCUUGCAAAGUAGAACAAAAAAAAUGCUAAACUACAAUUUGCAUUUAUUAAAUAGCAUGGCUCCACAGUGGCAGAGUCCAGGUACUGAGCUGAACCCGCCUGUAGUCCUGAUUUCUCACCCAUUAAAAACAUUUGGUGCAUCAUGGCACAAAAACGAAGACAAAGGAGACUCCAAACUGUUAAGCAGCUGAAAUUGUGCAUCAGGCAAGAAUGGGACAUUUACUUUGAGAACAGAAUCUGUUCUCCCAAAUGUGUACCAAGUGUUGUUAAAUAGGAAGUGAUGCAAACACAAUAGUAAACAUGCGCCUGUCAAGGCUGUUUCAAAACGUGUUACAGAUAUCAAGUUUAAAACGGGAGUAUAUUUUUAUCAAUUAAAUUUUUCAUGUUGGAAGACUGUGGCAUACACAACUUGCAUGACAAGAAAUCCUCAAUACGUGACUGAAGAAAGACUGCUGCUGUUUAGUUACUGACAAAUUCACAAAGGUUAGAUCUAUGCAUGACCAACAAGAACGACAAGACCAAGCUAACUUCCCCAAAACCAUGAUGCAACAGCUUUUAAGGUCUGUGGAAAAUGUCUGCAGUUUUCACACUUAGGUUUUGCAACCACACCAGUUAACCUGUGGUUACUACCCUACUUCCUCUUCUUUGCAAGCCCCCAAGGUGGACCUUUCUCAUAUGCUCUUAUUAUAUGAGUAAUAAAAUGAUACAGAUUUCUCUGAGUGGUCCCUUCUCUUCAAGUAUAUUUCACUUUAGGCUUUAAACAAUACUUUUAAAACAUGAUAAAACGCAGAUGUUGACAAAAAAGUUAAAGCCUGAAAGUUUGAUACAAGAUUAAUAAUAGAUAGAAACUACUAAUAUAAGAGUGAGGAACAACAUUAACACUGCAUAGAGUUGAUCAUUUAUAUGAAUAUGAUAUGAAUAGGUACUUCAGUUCUACACAGCAGCAGAACAAGAACCUUUAUUUUCACAACCACAUUUACUUGUCUGCACAGCACCUCAUUUCUUGACUGACCACAUGUACUCACAAAGGUUGCACAGCUGCACGCAGAGGAUGAAGCUAAUCUAUUUGUGGUGAAGCUGAUGGAAUGCACAGGGUCACAGGUUUCACAGUUUCACACGUAAAGAUGCUCUGCCUAAAUUCAAGAUUCAAGCCUUUUAUUGUCAAUUUCUGCAAUGUGUGAAUGCAUACACAGGAAUCCAAAAAUACAUUUUAAAAAUACAGAGAAGAAUUUAGUAAAUACAAAAGGUACGAUAGAGAAGAGUAUAAUAGAGUAGAAGAGUGUUUAUGUCUGUCCUCAUCUACUCUCAUGCCUACUUUAUCUAAGUAUAUAUAUACACUCCUCCUAUACACGUGCACCUUUAUAUACACACAUGCAAACCUAAUGAUCAGAAAAAUUAUUGUGCUGUACAUAUUUACACAUGACCUACAGUGCAGGUGUUGGAUGAAUCUGCUGUAUUUCUUUGAUGUAAAGAGCAUGUAAACAGUAAGCAUUCAUGUAAACAGUGGAGUUGAAGUGCAAAAAAAAAAAGGUUAGACGGUGCAAAAUACAGAACCAGGUGAACCAGGUGAUUCUGUAUAGUUCAUAUUCUAUGUGUCCAGUAAAGGUUGAGAUGGGGUUCAGAGUUCAAUGUUUUGGGGCAGAGAAGGAGUCGGCACAGAGAGGAGAGAGUUCAGCUUUUUGACAGCCUGGUGGGUGAAGCUGUUCAUAAGUCUGGUAGAGCAGGCCCAGAGGCUCUGGUACUUUCUCCCAGAGGCAGAAGGCAAACAGACAGGUUGCGCAAGGUUGUGCAGACUGCUUUCGGGUGAGGGAGGGUGUAAAUGUCCAGAAGGGAGGCAUGUGAGACACCGAUGAUGUUUCAUGCUGUGUUCAUUAUGUGCUGCAGUGUUUUCCUCUUCUAAUCUGUGCAGUGAUGUGCAGUUGGCUGUCCGGUAAAAAUCCUCACUGAUGUGCACCCCUAGAAAUCAGGUGUUGCACAGUCUCUCCACAGCAGCCCUAUCGGUGGUCAGUGGGGGUGUUGGCUGUGGCCUCUUCUUCAGUCCAGAACGAUCUCUUUUGUCUCGUCCAGAUUUAAAAGGAGAUUGUUAUCGCUGCAUCACAUGGACAGAUGGCUGGCCUCCUUCCUGUAGUUUGUCUCAUUGUCAUAAGACGCACCACAGCAAACUUCACUAUGUCUAUAUCUAUCAGAUGUUUGGCAUAUAGCUCAUGAAAAUCAAAAUAAAUCACCAUCUCAAAACAUUAGAAUAUAACAAACACCAAUCUAAAAAUGAUCUAUAAUACAGAAGUGUUGACAUUCUGAAAAAAUUAUAUUCACUUAUGCACUCAGUUCUUAUUCUAGGCUCUUUUUGUACAAAAUUACUAUAUCAGUGUGAUGUGGCAUGGAGACAAUCAGUCAUGGCAAUGCUGGGAUGUUAUAGAAGCCCUGGUUCUUUGGUAGCGGCCUUCAGCUUGUCUGUGUAACUUAACUGAACAUAUCCGAGAGACCAAAGGACCACACUCGGCUUCUGUAACAAACACUGUGUCCCUGGUUUUAUGUCACAAACCGUCUCUACAAGUCCUAAUGGUAGCUUGCAUUGCAUUUUCCUAAAGGCGAGCCUCACCAUGAAAACAUUUGAAGGUGACUGAAGCGAACUCAAACAGACAUAUCAUGAAUUACAGGUCCCAUAAAUGGAUAAGGAUAACAUGCACAACAGAACCUCUGUCAGUGCUGCUUUGCUCUGCAGAUUCAGGAAUCAUCGAGUCUCUGUAGAGAACCACAUUGCCUCCUGCUGGCAAGUCGCACAGGUUGCAUUAAGUUGAGGCUUUCCUGUCCUAAAGGUAAUGCAUGGAGUGUUUAACUAUUAAGUAGCAGGUAGAACUAGAUGGUAAUGAGUAUUUCUAUUCUCUGAACUAAUUCCUCACCCUGCACCCUGCAACAACAUGUGAAUAGGAUGUACUGAUACAAAGGGGGUUUGGCUAUUGCCAUUGUGGUGAAGCAGAUUGAAACCACAGGUCUCAAACUGCUGUAUAAAAGUGAGGUUGGGACCCCAGAGACAAAAGGCUGACAAGAUGAUGCAUGCUCUGCGCAAGUGUCUCUUUUUUUAUCUGCUGACCUGCCUUGGACUUCAUGGUAAGAUUUCUGAAUCUCUAAAUUUGUUUUUGGUGUACAAAUCCUCCGUGUACUCAUCCUUUUUUAUUUCUACGUUCACAGCUCUGGGCAGUGAAAUCAUACAUGGUGAACCGGUCCCAGAGAAAAUGAUGCCGUAUAUGGCCUCCCUGCAGGAUCAAUUCGGUUAUCAUAUAUGUGGAGGAUUUCUCAUCAGUGAAGAUUAUGUGCUGACUGCUGCACACUGUGCGCAUGUUUCUAAAAGGUACAGUGAGUAGCAGCGCGUAGUCGUACAAAGCAGAUCAAAUAACCUGAAAAAAAGCACUAGAUUAGCAUUCACAAUUAUUUCACUUGUUUCUUCUGCAUAGCCUGAGACAGCUUCUCACUACCUUUCUUUUUCCCUUUGCUUAGGUGCCUCACAAGUGUUGUCCUCGGCACCCACGAUCUUCGAAAGGUUGAUGAUGCCACAAUGAGAUACGGAGUGAAGAUUUGUGAGCAUCCAUCUUAUAAAGACUUUACUACUGGCGACGACAUCAUGCUGCUCAAAGUAAGAAGAUUUUAAGUCCGCCUUAAGCCUCGUUUCCACUCACAUAUACUCAUGUCAGGAGAUCUGUGAACAAAUGGAUGAUCUCACUGGUAUCUAAUGUAAGGAAACCAUAGAGCUGUGAAUGAGAAAAAGAUAUAAGAUAUAUAAAAGAAUAAUAUUGCUCAGACUCAAUAUGUUGUAACUUCAGAAACAUGUUCUUACUAAUCAUACAAAUUUGCUCAAUCAUACAUUCCUGCUAAUCCCCCCUCCCCACCCUCCAUGAUCAAAACCAGAGCCCUUAAACAGUUUUCCUGGAAAGCUCUUUUUCCUAACAAUGUUACAGGCCUUGUUUUUGUUAAUCUUCUGAUUGCCUUCUUGUCUCUCCAGCUGUCAAGGAAAGCUCAAAUGAGCGAAAGGCUGCAGAAAAUUCUGCUUGCGGAUCCUGAGAGCAAACUCAAAGACAAUACUCUGUGUCGUGUAGCAGGUUGGGGUGCCAUAGUUACUAAUGGCGGUUAUGUUGAUAAGCUUCUAAAGGUGAAAGUGAAUGUGGUCAACACAAACACUUGUAAGGAACAAUGGAAGAUGAUAAAUUUUGAACUUCCUGCCAAGGUUAUCUGCGCAGGUGGAUACCAAACGAAAGAAGGAUUUUGCCAGGUAUGUUUUGUGUUUAAUAGCAAAUAACGGCUUUAAAUGUUUUCUAGGAGAAAGGGUAUUUAGUAUUAGAAACUGGGUUAUUAAAUAAAUGUUGCUCUACCUCACAGGGGGAUUCUGGUGGCCCUCUGGUGUGCGGCGGGAAGGCUGUUGGGGUUGUGUCUUUCAACUGUCACUGUGAUUACCCACAGAAACCCCAAGUACCCAACGUCUACACAGAUUUAUCCAAAUACCGCUCCUGGAUUGAUAAGACAAUUAAGCAAAACUCCUGUAAAAUGUAACACAUCAGCAUCAUCUUACUGUUUUUUUUUUUUUUUCUUGCAAUCUUACCCCUGGAUGUUUAGGCAUACUCCUUCACUGAGCAACUGUUUGGCUGGCACUGUAGAGCUGACUUUAAAGUAGUUAUCAUAAAAAAAAAAAAAAAUUCUAUCUCCAUGAAUACAGAUUUGCUGUAAAUUUUGUCUCUGAAAAUUGUUGGUAAUCUGUAAAUAUGCUGGAGAUGUUGUAAUACGAGAAGAACAUUGUGGCUUUUGCUUUAAACAUGUAAAUGUAUAUUUUAGUCAUUAUUGUGCUUGAUCCAUGCCUGAAAUGCAGAAAAAAUAACUUUUAAUCCCAAUGUUGGUUAUACUUAAUUCUUCUUAAGGUUCAGACCUCUGAUUUCUGUGAGAAGAAAAUAAAAAAAGUAACUGUGACUUUUGCCUGUGUUUACUUGAUCAAACUGGGGUUUCCUUGGUGUGGCUGAGUAGUCUCCACAAACACGGAGAAGAUCAAAGUAUCUGAAAGACUCAAGGACCACAUUUUGUCUCUGAAGUCAACAGCGAAGUAUUUUCACUUUUAGGUUUCAUGUUACACACUCAGAGCAAGUAGGACUGACAGCACCUUUGUCAUAAAAGGUGGACAAACAUGGAAAAAAAGCUAAAGCUAAAGAAUUUAGUUUAUUGCUGAGAAUGGCAUAAAAAAUAACUAGAAUUCACAAGAAUAAGAAUAACUUUGUUGAUCCCCAAAGGGAAAUUCAGAAAUAAGACAUACUAAUUUAUGGAAGAACUUUAAAACGGACUGAGGCAGAGUCUGCAGCAGGGCAGGAAUUUCAUGAGGGCCAAGAGGGCCAUGGCAAUUUGGCCUUGUGCCCCUGAAAAAAAAAAUCUGCCCUAAAGCCACAGUUUCCUUAAUGCCCUACUUGCACUUUGGUUUUGCGGUUCUCUAGUCUGCGUCUUUCCUGUCAAAACAGCUUUGACACCUGCGUGUUUUGAGAAAAAAAAAAAAAAAGAAGCAUCUUUUAAGGCAUUAACCAUAAGUAGUGGGUUUGAGCCUGGCAAUUUCCUCAUGUGCACCCCCGCCCCUGCCCAACCCCGUCUUCUUGCGCCAGUGAGGUUAUGAUAAGUGGUCUGUCUGACUGAACUGAAGAGAGAGGGGAAAUGUCAACAGGACUGAGAUGAGACAGUGUGCUUAAUGGGGAAAGAAUAAGAUAUGAAUUUUUACGUAUAAAUUAGUUAACGCUGUCUUCCUGUUGUGCACUUUGAGAUUUGUUUCUAAAUGUAAAGUGCGUUACAAAUAAAAUCUAUCAUUAUCAUUAUUCCCGUAUUAGUAUUUUCCUGUAAAUCUCCCAUAUUAUGACACAUGUAUAUAUAAAAAAAACAUUAUUCUGCUUCUCCAAACUAAACCCUGUCACCAGCAAGCACUAAGUACCCAUCAACCCUGAGUUCACUAAUGCUUCCUUGCUUGCUAUCAAGUUUUAUUUGUCGAGCUGCUUGUUGUUUUCUGUCUUGUCUAUGUAGCUUAUUUUAGCUCAUCCAUAAUUUUCCUUAAUUGAGUAAUCACUCUGGGCUCUUUCGGGUUAGUAGUCUACAUGCAAAUAUUUGCUCUAUACACUCAAUUUUGGUCAAUCAAAAUAUUUCUUGUGUACUCCAGUUCAGUUGCCUUUACUGUCCCUUAAGGGAAACUUGGCUUGCUGACAAAAAUUGACAUUAUAAGUCCUUACAUUAAAUUCAUUAUGGACGUGGACUUUCUGCAGUGAGUUGAAAUAAAAGGCCUUGUCAUUUUAUUCAGCCACCUCAAAUGUCCGUCCUGAGGUCUUGCAUCCCCUUAUGUUAUUGUAAAUAUGCAGAGUUGUGUUUUUCAAUUUUGUUGAGAAUUUAGUCUAACAAGAGAGGUGUUGUGCACAAAUGAAAAGUAAACCCAUCUGUUCAUUACUUUACUGGUCGGUCAGAAUGUCGCAGUAUCUUUCCUCAGUAUUUUCUAUGUAUUGGCCACGUGUUCCAUCAUGCACACAAACCCUCUGUACUGUUGCUUCUGUCUUAAUUAUUAUCAAAGAGCCGUGCAUGUUGAGGAGGGGACAAAACAGAUCAAAAACAUCUGAAUUGUGUAAAAAUGUUUGUAUGAAAGGAAAUGCUCAAGGUCCGAACCCAUAGACUGUAUAUAGCUUCACAUGCUUCACCGUGUUUCAGUUUAACAGUGAAACAUUUGUUAAGAUACUUCCUGAAGAUGUGGUUUUGAUUAGCCUUUAGUUUUUGACAGGUUUUGACUCAACACUCAGCAAAGUCCCAGCUUAGAAAUACUAAAGAAAACCAUAAAAAGAACUGUUUCCUCGCUCCUGAUUCAUGUAAAAAAUUAUCUUGCUUAUGAGUGACCCUGAGUGGUAUUUUAAGACUUGGAUGUAAUAAUGUAAAACAGAAGUUAACAGAAAAUAGAGCCUAAAAGGCUGAUGCAGAAAUAAAAUGAAAUGAUAAAACUGAAAACAUCAAAUGUAGAUGUUAGAGCACUGGUCAACAUUGAUACUGUGUAACGUUUACCACAAGCUGAUCAUGGAACAAACAAGAUGUGUCAGAUAAGGCAGCAAACCCACAAUGUUUAUAUUUACCAAAACAAUUGAAUUUCUGCUUCACACCUCUUUUCUUGAGAAAAUAGGGGGGUAGCACCAACGCACAAGAGAUGUGACUAAGGCAGUAAAAGGGAAACAGGUAAAAACCACAGGGUCGCAGACUCAGCACUUGGCUUUAUAAAGGUCCAGCUGAGACCCCUCAAGACAAAAGGUUGACUUUGCUUCCAGCAUGAUGCACCCUCUGCGCAAGUGUCUGCCUCUUUAUCUCCUCAUAUGUCUUGGACUUCAUCAUGGUAAGAAUUUUACAUUUCUUAAUUUGUCUCUAAAUCAAAAGUGUUCAUUUUACUCAUCUUUUUUAUUUCUACAUUCACAGCUCUGGGCAGUGAAAUCAUACAUGGUCAAAAGGUCCCAAAGAACCAAAUGCUGUAUAUGGUCUCCUUGCAGAAUGAUGAAGGUAAACAUUUCUGUGGAGGAUUUCUCAUCAGUGAAGACUUUGUGCUGACUGCUGCACACUGUGCCAAUCCGUAAGUAACAACAAAAAAAUAGCAAACCAGGCUAACAUUCAACAAAAAUAUGGACUAGAUUUGAAUACCCUGUUUAUUGCUUUAGAAAGUCUCUGUUAACCUUUCCAUGGUGACUCUCACAGGUCACUUACAAGUGUUGUUCUGGGCACCCACAAUCUCAAGAAGGUUGAUAAUAACACAAUGAGAUUCGGAGUGGAGACAUGCAAGCAUCCAUCUUAUACAAAUGUCGGUUCUGGUCAUGACAUCAUGCUCCUCAAAGUAAGUAUUUAAUAAUCCAUCCUAGAGCCCCAGGGGAAAAAUAAUCUUGAGGUUAAAAUUUUUUACAUUAUAAAAUCUUUACUUUAAUUUUCCAUAAAACGUAAAGUUUUCUUUGACCAGCUUAAGUUAAUCCUCCAUGGUUAUCCAUCUCUACAUUGCCGGAGUCACUUUGUUGAUUUUCCCAUAUUGCAUUCAUAGGACUUCAAAUUUCUAUUAUCAUUGGAGUUAUGCUGUCAAAUUAUACCUGUAUCAACAACAACUGUCCUUUUUAUUUUCUAAAAAAAAAAAAAAAGAAGUAUUGAUUACUUUAAAUAAGCCUAUGGUAAAGCAGUGACUUAAAGAUAGAGAGGAAGUAGCAGACUGCUCGUGAGUAAGGGGAAGCAUCAGGUACUUUUAAAACUGAUUUUUAUGAUUUAUUAUGAAUCUAAAAACAGUUCUGAAGCUUGUGUCCCUUCAGACUAAUUACUCAAAACCCAAACUUUCUGACUUUUCUUCAACUUUCAGUUUCAUCAUUUACAAUCUACCAGACUCAUUCAAACUAAAAGCAUAGUUUGACAAUGCAAGAUAUAACACAACCUAAAAGUAAGACAGAAAAGAUAUUAGGAUAACAUUAUAACAUACUUUCAAUGGGGCACAAUCGACUUAUCAUAAAUUUGAAUAUUAUUCAAAAUGGAUAAUGACAUGUAAAGUUAGUGCAUGAAGUCAUUAAGUCUCCUCAAUUUGACUGAUUGUGUGUUUUUUUUAAGCUUUCCAUGAGUAUUAUGGUAAUAUCAUUUUUGUUGUAUUAGAUAUUGUGACAGCCUUUCACUGGAGGGUUACAGACUUGCUUAUUUCUUACUGUAAGUAGACAGAUGUGUCAUUCUACCUAAAGCUCUCUUAAGAUCCUUUGAUGCUCCUUUCUAGUGUCUUAUGAUGACUUCACUGACCAAUCACAGACUAUGCUCCAAACUGUCAUAAGGCCCAGUCUAAAGUUUGAGUUACUUUCAGAGUGCUGGUGCAGUAUGAUGGGCCUGAUGGAGCCAAACCCAUUAGCUAGCUACAUCACAUACUGUGUUAAUCGGAUCAAUCACUUUUAGAAGCAUUUUCUUAUGCAAGUAUGGGACUGUCACUAACCCAAUCCAAAAAAAAACUGUAUAAAUUGAACAUUUCUGGAUCAAUUCACCAAGAUGAAUAGGUCACGCAACUUCAGAUGACAAUGUGAUAGUAAUUGCCAAAGACAUCUCCCAACAGCAGCCAUGUGUAUUAUAGAUUUUCAACAAAGGUGCCAAGACAUCUAUUUGCAACAAUCACAAUUUGAAAAAUUAUGAAAUCCUAGAGGGACUGAUGCUAAAGUGGUUUAUAUCUGUGUGCUCACUACUUUUUGAUUUUGCCUCCUUGUGUCUCCAGCUAUCGAAGAAAGCCAAGCUGGGCAAAAGAGUGCGACUGGUUCAACUUCCACAAUCUGACUUCAAAAUCAAAAAGAGUGCAAAGUGCCAUGUCGCUGGUUGGGGUUACACAAAAACUGGUAGUAAACCAGUUGAUGAGCUUCAAGCAACUGAUGUAAAUGUCAUUAACCUGGAAACCUGUAAAGAUGAAUGGAAGAUUGGUAACUUCAAACUCCCUGCCAAUGUUAUCUGUGCUGGUGGAUAUGACACAGCACAUGGCUUCUGUCAGGUAUGUUUUGUGUUCGUCUAAAAUACUUCGUCCUCUCUUGGUUAAACGGUCAGAAGUCACUGUUAUAUCACUGAUCUUGCUUUUUCCUCACAGGGUGAUUCUGGAGGCCCCCUGGUGUGUGGUGACACAGCUGUUGGUGUUGUGUCUUUCAACUGGAGGGCUAACUGUGACUACCCGAAUGCUCCCAAUGUCUACACAGAUGUAUCUAAAUACCUUCCCUGGAUUAGAAAGAUACUGGCGCAGAAGAGCUGUUAA